AUGCGUUUCUGUGUCAGUGACUCGCUUCGCAUGUUGGAUCGCCUGCUCAUCUCUGCGGUUCUGUGUCUCUCUCCCUUUCUGUGUGUAAUUAUAGAUCACACAUACGGCAUAUGAUGAUUAUCGGACACUUAUGAUUUCACAGUAAAACAGAUUACAUGAGUAUAGAAGAAUAUUUUGAAGAAGAUGAAGAACCACCUUUACUGCUCAGCUCCUGUCUGUCUGAUCCUGCUGGAGUUAUGGGGGACAUUAGCAGCGCAGUGUCGGUGGGAGGACGGGUGUGUGUGUCCGCUCUGUCCAGCUGGACAGGAGCCCACCACGGCUUGUGGGGAAGUUGAGAGUCCCGGUGAGACCAGACUGUGCCGGACUUGCCCAGCAGGCACCUUCUCUGAUACCCAUGACACUGAGCCGUGCCGCCCACAUCUCUCCUGCGGGGCACUGAACCGCUGGAUCUCGACCGCACCGACCUCACACUCUGACGCUGUGUGUGGAGGAUGCCUUCCCGGGUUUCACCCUGCUGCUACACGGAAGUCCUCCACCCUCCACGCCUGCGUCAGGAAGCCAUACAGCCGGCGGAGACGUAAUGUUGGUAAGAGCACCUCCAGCAGGUCUGGAGCGGGAGUAGCGAACGCCACCAGUGUUCAGGGUCCAGAGGAGAAGAGCACGGAGUAUGCCGUGUUUGCUCUGGUGCCCAUCUUCUGUGUGAUGGGCUUGCUGGGGAUUCUCAUCUGCAACCUGCUCAAGAAGAAGGGCUUCCGCUGCAACGCCGAGAAAGACGGGGUGGACGCAGAAGCUGUCACUCCGCAGAAAGAAGGAAACCCUUGUCCAUACAUUGUUGAUGACCCCGAUGAAGACACCAUCAGCAUUCUGGUGCGGCUCAUCACAGAGAAGAAAGAAAAUGCGGCUGCUCUGGAAGAACUUCUGCUGGAAUAUGAGAAUAAACAGAUGACCCUCAACAAGAGCUCAUCCAUCAAGUUUCCGGCUCUUCCUCAUUUCUCUCCGUUCCGUUCGUUGCCGCGGCUGUGUUCUCACCAGCAUCAUUUGCACACUAUAAACGGGCUGGCCCCGCGCUCCGGCCUCUGCUGCUCCCGCUGCAGUCAGAAGAAGUGGCCCGAGCUGCUGCUGCCCAUCGAUACGCACAAGAUCCCCACUAACCUGGUCAAGACGCCGGAGGUGACCAUCCUGUCUGUAGGAAGGUUUCAAGUUGCUCAGAUCCCGGAAAUGAAGUCUGCUUCCAAGGAAGUGACCCAGCUGGAACCGAGCGAUAUGGACUCCAUGGACAGCGGCCACACCGAGCCCGAGGAAGAUCGUUCCCUGCUGGGCGUGUCCUCUUCCUGUAACUCUGCCUCCUCAAAGUCCAGACAGGAGAUGAACAUAUGAAAGGCUGAGGAAGACGUCCACUGACGGGACGUGACAUCAUCAGUAGGUCGAGUGAUCAGGACAGACAUGUGGCGGUGAUGUCAGUAUUCACCUCCUUGAGGAGCCUUGACUUCAAGGCCUUAGGAAACAUUCAUAUUUAUUGCAUAACUAUAUUGUUAAAAACAAUAAGCUCGGUCUCUGCUAGCCGAUAAUAGGAGAGCGAAGGCUAUUCACUCAGAAAGCAUGUGUGCUUCCACAAGACACUAAAUAGGUCUUAAGUGCUGAAAACAGCACUCAGAACAACGAGACACCAGUGAGACAUUCUCUCCAGUUAGAAAACAUUACAAAGUAUUAUUAGAAGCUAGUUUGAUUUACAUCUCUGUCCAUUUUUUUAAUUAUUUUGUUUUUACUGUAGUUCUGUUUUUUAGUAUUUAAGAUUUUAAAUGAGUUACAUAUGUACAGUCAUGGUCAAAAGUAUGCAAACACCUUGUUUUGUUAAUAAUAAAUAAAAGAAAACACACAAAAA